UACCCCCCCCCCUUUUUCUCUCUCAUAAAGCAAUGAAACAAAAUGAAUAUACGUGUAUAUUUUUUCUUCAAGCUUUCUUUUAUUUGUGACACAGACGAAUAAGUUUAUUACAGUUACCGUACAAUGAGUUUUCAUGAAUUUUACUUGAAUAUAGGCUAUAUGUGUUUCUAUAGAAGAACAUACCCUGCACCUAUUGAAAAACAUGAAUUCUAAUACUAUUCUAGUAUAUAAUUCAAGUAAAUCAAGAACAAAAUCCUUGUAAGAAAUUGAAAAAUUAAUAUAAAAGAACACAAUGAAAUAAACAAAACCAUUAUAUAACUCCACUAACCUUGUUGUGUUGUCUAUGUAUCCGUAACGAAACCCAAAGAUUGAAGCUAAUAGUUUCUUUUAUAUUACGAAGAGCGAGUGCCCAUCCCAAUCUUUUUUCAGCCCUGUGGCAUUACAUGAUUAAUAUUUUAAAUUGCUUAUUUCUGCGUCUCAAAAUUGCAGUAAACUACCACUGACAGUUUUUACUUUAUAAUAUGCAAAAUUAUUGAAGUUUCUAUAGAAAUUUUCACUGCACUACUGAAAUGCACUUUCUAUGAUUUCAUUAAGUUCAUUUUGAAAUUUAGGACUUUGUCAUGAAUAUUUGUAAGCAGAAAAAUAUCCAGAAAAUUUUAGCCAUUAUGAAUUUUCAUUUGGAAGAAAAUUCAAUUUAUAUCAGAUUUCCAAUAAACUUUAAAAUUACCUUGGUCUAUAAUAGUAAAAGUUACCUCUAUAAUUCAGCUGCAGUGUCUUAUCUUAUAAGGUCUUAUACAAAUGUGUAUCGUUGUUUUUAUUAUUUUAAAAUCUUAUGUUCUUGGUAUUCACAAAUGUCAAACAUGUAUUUCUAGAAAAUAAAAGCAAAAUUUGACGACAGAUAUCAGAUAAAGGUACAUUCAGUGUCAAAAAUACAGGUAUGUAAAAAAGAAAAAGAGAUAGAAUUUUUUUUAAUUGGUUUUCACAAAUGAGCAAAACAAUGCAUGUGACAUGUGGUGAUAACGAACAUUGUUCAAAAUCAAAAGUCCAAAGGAAAAAUACAAAACAGGAACAGAGCAAACAUUUUAAAAUUCAAAACCAAAAAAUUAAUAUUUCAAUAUGAUUUCCGUUAAAAUUUGGGUUUUAGAUUCAGUAUGAAAUGUCUGGGAUUGAGUUGAAAAAAAAAACCAGUCAUGAACUUAUUCCGUAAAAAUUACACAACAACUGGUAAAGUACACUGUAUGACUUAACGAAAGCAAUAAAGGAGUUUGUGUUGCAUUUGUUGCCUUAAGCAACUGGGAUGUGUUGCAAUAAAUACGGGAGACGACAAUGAUCAGGUUCAUGGGCCACAUAGUUAACUGAUCAACAAUGUCCAACAUUGUUCAACAAGUUCACAAACUUUAUUAUUUCAACUGAAAGUGUAUAAAACUUUCUUAAUUUGAACAGCACAUUGACUUCAAAUUAACAUAUCCAUCAUUUAACCCUCAUAUUGUAACAAUAUUCUUUUGAUUGUUAAGUUUGCUUUCUAAAUAAUUUUUUUCAUAUUUCUCUUUAUUAGGUAAUCAGAUAUAAAUAGUGCCUGUUUAGGAGGAUAACAGUUGAAAUUGACACCCCGGAAAAACAAUAGAACGGAUUAUCAACUGCGUCUACACCAAUCAGAUUUCAGUAUUUAACAUGAAAGUAUAAUAAAAUAAUUUGACAAAAUUGUGUCGCGUUUUCAAAUCCUUAGGUAGUUUGGAUUUUAGGAGCCGAUUUUUAAAUUAACUUCACAAAGCCAUUAGUCGAAGGGAAUGAAUGUUGAAUGACUUGGACAUAUGCGUUCAUUGAAGUAAGCGAUACAGAUAAUUCACUAAAGACAAGUCUUCUUGGGGAUGAAAAAUAAAAAUAUAUUCGGCCUUAAUUCACAGAAAGGCUCAUUAGCAUAUCAUAGAAACUGUAAAGAAAAAAGCUUUCGAAAAUAUUGACACUGCUAAAGUAAAAAAGGCAGAUAACCGCCACUCACGUAGAUCUACAACAGAACCAGGUGAGCUAAAAAGAUCAUCUAGAGGUUACGACAUUAUUAUAUCUCAGCACCCACGUACUGUAAAAUUGCUUUUCUUCAUCUGAUAACAAUCUUACUGAACGUGAGAGAUGCAUUUUUUGAAAGACUGCAUGUUUUAGAAAACAAUUCAUUAAAAGAAAAUUGACUUAACAAAUUAAGGUAUGAUGUUUUUGAAUAGUCAUUGAAUGCGCAUGCAGAUCGUGAAUAGUUUGAAAUACUCUUCUUCUAAUUUGACACGUUACUUUAUUAGAAACUGCGUCUGGAUACCGGUGUGGAGCUACCUUUUUUCGUGACGAUACUCUUAGUUUCCCUUAACCUCCAAGUUCCACAGCGAAAAUUGUCUAAUAAAAGUAUUUUCAUUCACACGGCGCCUUUUAAUUAUUACGAAUUCUGGUUGAACCAUGCAAUAUAUCGUACACUCCUCUUUCCAAAAUACGGCAUUUAAAACCUCUGAACUUGCCAUUUCUAUAAAGAAGUGUGAAGUGUCAUUAUUGAAAGAAUGCUUGUAUGUAUGCAAGCAUACCUUUGAAGUAAAUUUAUACAGCGUGAAAAAGAUGCGUCAAAAAGUCAAAAGCCAGGUGUAGUUUUUUUUGUGAAGUCCGAAGCACUUGUAGUCAUGAUCAAGAACUGUUUUUUUUUUUUAAAUCAAACAAUUAAUCAGUUCUUUAAACUCUGAUAUAUUAUUUAGUCUUUAUAGUUUUUGUUAAACAAAACGUAAAAUAUCGGCAAUAUGAACGCGUAUUAAUUAUUCUUAAUAACUUAUUAUUGUGCAUGCGAUUUUUUUUGAGAAAAAAACUUAAACCCUUAAAAUUUACGAACUCCUAUUUACAUGUAUUUGAAAAAUAAUUCUAUAAUAGUUGUCUCACCCAAAAUAUAAAUUGCUAGUGGUACAAAUGAAAAUUUCGAAGAUUCGAGAGUGAAUUUUUGGUACAUGAAAAAUGACAAUAACAGUGUAUAGAAAUCAUAUACAAAGCCCGGCCAAGGUUUCACUCCUGCUACCAUAGGCAGUCUAUCUGGGUUCCGGAUGUUUCAUUUUAAAUGAAUUCGUCAGAAAUCAACGUUACCGGAGUAGCUCGUUUUGUGUUUUCCCGUUUAACCGCCUUCCCUUUGAUAAGUAAACAUUUUAUUUAUUUAUGUAUAAAAGUAACAAAGAGCAAACAAGCACUCCAAACGAAACGUACAAGAAUGUAUUGUAAACUGGCAUUACCUGUUUCAGAUAAAUCUUGCUUUUUUAUCUAUUUCACAUACACUGUAUAUGAUUGUUAAUAUUUAGUUCAUAGAUUUAAGAAGGUAGAAAUGGAAAGUGAGAUGAUGAGAUAGGUAGAAGCCUUUCAGAAAUACAACACAACUAGCGAAAAGGAUGCCUCAGACAAUGAACAAAAAGGUUUUGCUGCAGAGCAAAAUGACGCCAUGUGGAAAAGAUUCGGCGAGAUACGGCACGUGGAACUUAGACAAAGUAACCCGAAGGAGGGCCAUAAAGCUAAACGAGCAACAAGUGCAAAGACAGCAACACCUGUGUCAGGUGUUAGACAGGCAAAAAUAUAACAUUUUAUCCAGAGCCCAUCGCGCAAUGGAGGAACUGUUAGAGAGAGGCACGGAACUGGAGAAAGAGGGCAAAAUCAGGCGGAUGUUGAUAGAACGAAAUCUGGUCAACAAUGAGGUCAAUAGGAAAGCAAUGGAGAAAAUGUUAAAACGUGAAAAGAACAUGCCGAACGCUCCCUGUCAUAACAGCCUUAAGAGUACGGAGGAUCAUGUUUGGGUCAGUGAAAUGCCAAAAAAUAGCGAUCAAAAGUUCAAAAUUAAUAAUCAAAUUGAUUUAAAGGAAUCGCAGAUAUCUCUACAGCGAUUGCAAGAAAUGCAUGUGUUUGAAGUAUCAUCAAACACUGGUGCAACACAAAGGUGGCACUUACCUGUUCAUUCCAUGUUUUCCAGAUUUGUGGCCAAUCUUCGGACUUCUCACAACGCAAAGAAAGUUAAAGACAAACUUAACAAGUAAAAGUCAAAUAGAAAUUGCGAUCUGAACAUUUGUAUAUCAUGUCCACAGAUUGAAUUUGCAAAAUAAAUUUUGUUUUUUGAG